AGCAGACUGGGAGGAUGUUCCCACCAUCCUGGAUUUACAACCAUUUCAAGGAUAUUUGAGCUCGAAGAAGACAUUUUUUAAAUUGGGAUUUAUACAAUCCACUGAUUCUGGAGUUGGCUAUCAUUUGGAAAUCUUGACGGUUAACUGAAGUUUUAGGCCACAUGAUUCAACGCCCGUUUUACCUGAGUGGCUGAAGACUCAAGCAACAAACAAUGGAUCAAAACUUGUUUGGUGGAGUCCCCAGGUUUCUCACCCGUCCAAAGGCAUGCUCAGUGUGUGUAGGCAAAGAUGCCACACUUAGCUGCACUAUCGUGGGCAGCCCGACCCCGCUGAUAACCUGGGAGAAGGACAAGCUGAAGCUGACAUCUGGGGGACGCUUCAAAACUGUGGAGGAUGGAAAUCUGUACCGCCUGACCAUCUAUGACUUAACACUGGAGGACAAUGGCCAAUUCAUGUGCCGGGCCAAAAACAUCGUUGGGGAGGCUUAUGCUGCUGUAACCCUCAAAGUGGCCCUGCAAACAGAGAUGGCUCAGAGGACCCCUGUUUUCAUGGUCAAGCCUACCUCUACCCGUGUAAGUUUGGGGGGUGAUGUGGUUUUCCACUGCCGGGUUGCGGCCCACCCCGAUGCCAACUUUGAUUGGGAGAAAGAUGGGCGCUACUUGGGGGAGUCGAAUCGUAUCAAGAUUGUUUCCGACAGUGACAGCAGCACCCUGAAGAUCCAAAGUGUGCGUAACCUGGACAGCGGCACCUACACCUGCAGGGCCCAGAACACCGUCGGCCGUUCACACACUGCAGCAGCUCUUGUUGUAGAUGCCCCGGAUUCCCGCCAGCUGGCCGCAGACAAGAACACCUCCUCUCUCCUCUCUCACCUACAAAAGCGCAAGGAGGAAAUGAAGAAGGACAUCUCUAUCUAUCGCACUGAAGAAAGCAGAUCCUCUGGUUCCUCCUCCAACACCACCACCAUCACAGAUAGUUUGAGUUCUCUGAGUCUGGAACAUGAGUUGAGGGCAUCUGCGCUGGCAAAGCUGCCCAAAGGUGUGUUCACCCGUACCUGCACGGUGACUGAAGGCAAGCAUGCCAAACUCAGCUGCUUUGUGACGGGUCACCCUAAACCCCACAUUAUCUGGAGGAAGGAUGGAUCAAACAUCAGCGAGGGACGCAGGCAUGUCAUUUAUGAGGACCAAGCGGAGAACUUCAUCCUCAAGAUCCUGUACUGCAAACAGACCGAUAAUGGUCUCUACACCUGCAAUGCCACCAAUAUGGCUGGCCAGACCUACAGUGCUGUGUUGGUGACAGUCAAAGAGCCUAAGGUGCCUUUCAGGAGGAAGCUGCAGGAUGUGGAGGUACAGGAGAAGACGUCCGCCAUACUGAUGUGUGAGGUGCCCGUUAGUGCCACCCAGGCCAGCUGGUUCAUGGAGGAGACGAAGCUAGAUCAAAGCACCAAGUAUUACAUGGAACAGGAAGGCACUCUGCGCCGCCUCACCAUUCAUAACGUCACCACCAACGACGACGGUGUUUACAUCUGCGAGAUGAAAGAAGGCAGCCGCACUGUGGCUGAGCUCACUGUCCUGGGCAACAUUACUAAGAAGCUUCCCCGGAGGACAGUAGUCCCUGUCAGCGACACUGUCAUCUUCUGUGUGGAGCUGGAGCGUCCUUUCCCGGAUGUCUACUGGACCCGCAAUGGCGUGAAGCUGAAGGGAGAUUCCCGUAUCUCAAUCGCCUGCGUGCACCGACAGUACACACUAACUAUUAGAGAUUGCCAGGCUGAUGACUCAGGAGAAGUGGCCUUUGUGGCGGGAGACUGUAAAACUUCCACACGAUUCUCUGUCACUGCUGCAAGGAAGCAUCCUCCCGAUCCCCCAGUCGAUGCAGUGGUUGCGAACAAGACUGACUCAUCCAUCACCAUCCAGUGGUCUCCUCCAGAUAGCGACCGCCCCGUGCCCAUCAAGUGCUACAUUGUGGAGAGGAGGAAGGUUGGCACUCAGACAUGGCAGCGGUGCAAUUCUGGAGAAACCAUCCUUUCCACAGAGACCACCAUCAGCAGCUUCAAGGAAGAGGCCACCUACCAGUUCCGUAUCUCUGCCAUGAAUGACUUUGGCCAGAGUGCUUACCUGGAGGUGCCUGGAAGCUUCUACCUAGAACCCAGUGCUGAAAUCAGGAAAGGCCUGAUGAACAGCAUUGCCUACAACGGUGAGGAGUUCUCUAUCUCCGUGGAGCUGUCAGCUGUUUGUUCGGCAUUCUGGUCUCUAAACGGACGCCUCCUGCGCAGUGGAGGCGACUACCUCAUCACCAGGUCCAAGAACACACACACUCUGCUCAUCCGUAACGUGACCAUGGAAAUGAACGGGACGGAGGUCAAGUUUGUGGGUGGAGGCUCGCAAAGCAGUUGCAUCCUGUCUGUGAAGGCUCCUCCUGUCAGGUUCACCAACAAGUCAGAUCUGCAGAGGGUGGUCUGCAGUGCCCAAUCCAGCGCCCAGCUGACUGCUGAGUUGUCAGAUUACGAUGCACAGGUGGUCUGGAUGAGGAAUGGGCGGGAGGUGAAAACGGGAAAGAAGUAUGAAUACAUGAUUAUCGACCGCAAGAGGAUCCUUGUGGUUCACAACGUCACAGAGGAAGAUGUGGGCAUCUAUGAGUGUGCUUUAGCUGAUGACAAAAUAUCCAUGCAGCUCUCUCUUAAAGAUGAACCUGCCAAGUUCCUGAACAAAGCCAGAGGAACCAUGGGAAUGUCCUCAACCCUUAAAGGAGACCUCGAGCUGACCUGUGAGGUUUCUCCAGCCAGCGCGGCCGUGGUGUGGAAGAAAGAUCAAGUGGAGAUCACAGAGGACCAAAGAACGACCACCGUCGCCAAAGGGACUCAAAGGAAACUCAUCAUCAAAAACGCCAAGAAAAGUGACGAAGGACAUUACUCCUGUGAGACAGCAGUAGACAAAGUCACAUUCCAGGUCAAGAUAAAAGAAACUCAGGCAGUAACUGCCUUCUCCAACAAGGAAUCAGUCCAAAAGGAAAUUAAGGCUACUCUCUCCCAGAAAGCUACUCUUAGUUGUGAUGUCUCGGAUAGUAAGACAGAAGUGAAGUGGUAUAAAGACGGCAAGCUAUUAAUAUCUAGCCGGACGAUAUACUCAGAAGUAAAGGGCAGUACUCGUCAGCUGGUGAUCGAAAAGGUGGAGAAGAGCGAUGCUGGAGAGUAUAUAUGCGAAGCGGCGGGGGACAAGCUGGUCUUCAAGAUAUCUGUCUCAGAGGUCCAAGCCUCAGCCUUCUCAAACAAGGAGUCAGUCCAGAGGGAAGUGAAAGCCGCUCUCUCCCAGAAAGCCACUCUGAGCUGCGAGGUAGCUGAUACCAAGACAGAGGUGAAGUGGUACAAGGAGGGCAAGCUGCUGACUUCCAGCAAGACAAUCCACACAGAGACAAAGGGUAAAAGUCGCCAGCUGGUGAUCGACAGCGUGGAGAAGAAGGACGCUGGAGAGUACAUCUGUGAGGCUGGGACUGAGAAGCUGGCAUUUAAGAUGCAUGUGGCAGAGGCUCAGUCGGCCUUCUCCAACAAGGAGUCAGUCCAGAAGGAGGUGAAAGCCACUCUCUCCCAGAAGGCCACCAUGAGCUGUGACGUUUCUGAUACUAAGACAGAGGUGAAGUGGUACAAGGAGGGCAAGCUGCUGACUUCCAGCAAGACAAUCCACACAGAGACAAAGGGUAAAAGUCGCCAGCUGGUGAUCGACAGCGUGGAGAAGAAGGACGCUGGAGAGUACAUCUGUGAGGCUGGGACUGAGAAGCUGGCAUUUAAGAUGCAUGUGGCAGUGGCUCAGUCGGCCUUCUCCAACAAGGAGUCAGUCCAGAAGGAGGUGAAAGCCACUCUCUCCCAGAAGGCCACCAUGAGCUGUGACGUUUCUGAUACUAAGACAGAGGUGAAGUGGUACAAGGAGGGCAAGCUGCUGACUUCCAGCAAGACAAUCCACACAGAGACAAAGGGUAAAAGUCGCCAGCUGGUGAUCGACAGCGUGGAGAAGAAGGAUGCUGGAGAGUACAUCUGUGAGGCUGGGACUGAGAAGCUGGCAUUUAAGAUACAUGUGGCAGAGGCUCAGUCAGCCUUCUCCAACAAGGAGUCAGUCCAGAAGGAGGUGAAAGCCACUCUCUCCCAGAAGGCCACCAUGAGCUGUGACGUUUCUGAUACUAAGACAGAGGUGAAGUGGUACAAGGAGGGCAAGCUGCUGACUUCCAGCAAGACAAUCCACACAGAGACAAAGGGUAAAAGUCGCCAGCUGGUGAUCGACAGCGUGGAGAAAAAGGAUGCUGGAGAGUACAUCUGUGAGGCUGGGACUGAGAAGCUGGUCUUCAAACUCAAUGUGGCAGAAAUCCAACUGAAGGCAGCCUUUUCCAACAAGGAGUCAGUCCAGACCGAAGUGAAAGCCACUCUCUCCCAGAAAGCCACUCUGAGCUGCGAGGUAGGCGAUACCAAGACAGAGGUGAAGUGGUACAAGGACGGCAAGCUGCUGACUUCCAGCAAGACAAUCCACACAGAGACAAAAGGCAAGAGUCGCCAGCUGGUGAUCGACAGCGUUGAGAAGAAGGAUGCUGGAGAGUACAUCUGUGAGGCUGGGACUGAGAAAAUUGCUUUUAGAAUACAGGUGGCAGAAGCCCCGGCUGGUUUCUCUAACAAAGAGUCUGUUAAGCAAGAGGUAAAAGCCACUCUCUCCCAGAAAGCCACCCUAAGCUGUGAGGUAGCUGAUUCCAAGACAGAGGUGAAGUGGCACAAGGAUGGCAAGCUGCUGACUUCCAGCAAAGCCGUCCACAUGGAGUCAAAGGGCAAGAUUCGUGAGCUGGUGAUAGAGAAGAUGGAGAAAAAAGAUGCUGGAGAGUACACAUGUGAGGCUGGAACUGAGAAGCUUGUCUUUAAGAUGCAGGUCACAGAUGCAGCUGCUAAGUUCCAGAAAAAGCUUGUCAAGGACACAUGUAUUGUUCAAGCAAGUGAGAAAGUUGUUUUGACCACCGAGCUGACGACUGAGAGUGGUGGUGUGAAGUGGUACAGAGAUGGUGUGGAGCUCAAGGAGAGCAGCAAGUAUGAAAUGAAAAAGGAAGGCCUUUCUCGUACCCUGAUAGUGAAAUCGUCUGAAUCCAAAGACAGUGGAACAUACUCCUGUCAAACUGCUGAUGACAAACUGGAGUUCAAAGUUCAAGUUAAAGAUUCAGCUUUGAAGUUUGUGGUCCCUUUGAAUCCUGCUACAGUGGAGUUAGAAGGCACACUUAGCCUGAUGUGUGAGCUAAAUCUAGUCUCAGGGGAUGUUGUCUGGCAGCAUGAUGGUCGGGAGAUUAAACCUGGAGGCAGGUACUGUGUCAGGACAGAUGGUGCUAAGCGGGUCCUCACCGUGACUGGCAUGACUAAAGAAGAUGAAGGAGAAUACAGCUGUGAAUGUAGGAAUGACAAGACCUCUGCCAAAGUUACCUCAAAAGCACCCAGACUGGUGAGGCUGACGACUAAACUGAAUAAUGUGGCUGCCAUGGAGGGAAAAGACGCCAUUUUCAAGUGUGCUGUCAACCCAGCAGACGUCAACGUUAAAUGGUUCCACAACAGCAUACCCGUCACUGCUGGGCCCAAAUAUAAGAUUGGGCGUGGUGGAAGCAGUCACACACUCACCAUCACCUCCGUCACACAAAAAGAUGGGGGAGAGAUCAGCGUGGAUGCAGAAGGCAAAAGCUGCAAAGCUACCCUACAAGUGCAGCAUGAACCUGUGACCUUUAAGAAAAUGCUAGCAAACCUGACAGUGGAGGAGCAGAGUGAAGUGAAGCUGGAGGUGGAGCUGAGUAAGCCGUCAGAUGAAGUGAGGUGGAUGAAGAACAGCGUCGUGCUGCAGUCUGCAGGAAACAUGGAGAUUCGGAUCAACGGAGCUAAGCAGGCACUGAUCUUCAAGAGCGUGACUUAUGCUGAUCGGGGCAUCUACUCCUGUGAAACCCUGGAUGACAAAACCCAGGCCAAACUCAGUGUGGAGGUGAAAAAGAUCCAGGUAAUAAAGGGCCUAACAGAAACCAAGGCACACGAGACAGAGACGGUAACUCUGGAGGUAGAGCUCAGCCAGGCUGAUGUGGAAGGCUUCUGGACCAGGGAUGGGGCCAAGUUAAAGUCCGGGGCCAACUGCCGUAUCACAGCUCUGGGAAAGAAGCAUGCCUUAACGUUGUCCAAUCUCAAGCGGGAGGAUGCAGCAAUGAUUGCCUUCCAAGCAGAAGGAGUUCAUACCUCUGCCAAACUGAUUGUCACAGAACCUCCUGCCAUGAUCGCCAAGCCCAUGAUAGAUAUCAGUGUCGCUGAUAAGGAAAAGGUUACUUUUGAAUGUGAAGUGUCCAGAACCAAUGCAGAUGUUAAAUGGUUCAAGGAUGAUGUUGAACUGAAACCAGGGAAGAACUUUGGCAUCCAUUCCUUGGGCAGAAAGCGCAGUCUUGUCAUCAACAAAUGCACCCCUGAAGAUGCAGGCACUUACAUCUGUCGCACUGCUGAUGAUAACACCUCGGCUAAGCUCACUAUUAAUGCCCGAGAAAUUAAGAUUGUUAAGAAGCUGGAGGAUGUGGAAGUGAUGGAGAAGGAGAGCGCUGCAUUUGUCUGUGAAAUAUCACAUGAUGAAGUCGACUGCCAGUGGUACAAAGGAAGUAACAAACUCAAAGUCGGUGACAACAUCAAGAUGAGACAAGAGGGCAAAACCUACGUACUUCUGUUCAAGUCUGUCACCACAGAAGAUAUGGGUGAGAUUAAGUUCACAGCUGACAAGGCCUCUUCAGCAGCAAAACUGAAAGUGAAAGAGCUGCCUGUCAAGUUUGUGAAGAAACUCAGGGAUAAGAUAGCGAUGCAUAAGCAUCGUGGACAUCUUGAAUGCCAAGUGUCACGUGCUAGCGCAAAGGUGAAGUGGUUCAAGAACAAGAUGGAGAUCAGACACGGCAAGAAGUACGAGAUCAAAAGUGAGGAUGUGUACCGGAAACUCACCAUCAACGAUGUGGGCUCUGGGGACGAAGACACCUACACCUGUGACGCCACUGAUGAGAAGACAUCCUGUAAACUACUUGUGGAAGAGCAGUCCAUCAGCAUUGUGCGGGAGCUGACAUCAGUUGAAGUGACCGAACCCUUUGCAGCUGUUUUCGAAGUUGAAAUCAGUAUGGAGCUGGUGAAACCUCCCAUAUGGACUCUAAAUGGGGUUGCUGUGAAGGAGAGCGCCGAUGUGGAAAUGGAAAAAGAGGGCACUAUGCACCGUCUCACUUUCAAAAAGACCAAAGCAUCCAUGACUGGACCUGUGCAGUUUACAGCUGGCAAGAGCAGAUCUUUAGCCCAGCUCACAGUCAAAGAGCGUCCGCUUGAGAUUGCAGAGCCCAUCAAAGAUGUCAAGGGGAAAGAGAAAAGCUCUGCGAUACUCAACUGUAAAUUCUCUGCCUCACCCAAAGAGGUUGCUUGGUUCAAAGGACCUGUGCCUCUGACCGCUUCAGACAAGUACAACAUGAAGCAAGACGCUACAAGGGCUCAACUAACUAUUCAAAGGUUGACUCAGGAAGACAGUGGAGAGUACCGCUGUCAGUCCGGACCUGCUGAGACCAAAGGGACACUCACCGUUGAAGUACGUGAAAUUAAGAUCAGCAAGCACUUGGCUGACACAGAGGUUGAUGAAGAUAACGAUGCAGUGUUCACAUGUGAGAUUAACUAUGCUGAUGAAGAGGUACAGUGGCUCCUGAAUGAAAAAGUGCUCUUCACCAAUGAAGUCAACACCAUCACUCAUGAUGGGAAGGUCCACAAGCUCACGCUGAAGAACUUGGCCCCUCAGGACGGGGGGACUAUCACCUUUCAGGUCCGCAAGGUGAAGGAGUCAGUGACACUUAAGGUCAAAGAGAAGCGAGCUGUGUUCCUCAAGUCUCUGGAUGAUGUCAUUGGAGAGGAGAAAGGCAUGAUUACUCUGGCGUGCGAGGCGUCCAAGCCCAGGGUUUCUCCCGUAUGGAGAAAAGAGGUUAAAGUCCUGAAGGCCGGGUUAAAGUACGAGCUCCUUCACACGGGCAAGUCUUUGGGGCUGAUCAUCAAGGACGUCACCAAAGAAGAUGCUGGAGAGUACAGCUGUGAUUUAGGAACUGAGGUUUCUAAAGCAAAGGUCACUGUAAGAGAGAUCGGCAUUGGAAUUACCAAAUGGCUGAAGUCGGCCGAGGUGAAUGAGGGAGACACAUGUAACUUUGAGUGCAUUUUAUCUCGUGAGAGCACAGACGAGUGUUCCUGGACUCUGAAUGGAAAGACUAUCACAGAUGGAGGCCGCUUCAAAGUCACCAGUAAAGGACGCAAGUACAUGCUGACCAUCAAAGAGGUCACUCCUGCUGACGCUGGAGAGGUGGUCUUGAACAUUAAAGACCUUAACUCCAAAACAACAUUAAAAGUUGAAGGCAAGGCUUCAUCCGUGUCUAAAGGACUACAGACUGUUAGUGCUGUCCAAGGAGAAAAUGCUGUGUUCUCCUGUGAGGUAACAAAAGCUAGUUUCACUGUAAACUGGUCCAUGGAGGGCAAAGUCAUCAAAAAGAGCCAGAAGUAUAACAUCAGCCAAGAGGACAAGGUCAUGAAGCUGACGAUCCAUAACGUCUCAUCUCAAGACUCCGGAGAGUACAGCUGCGAAGUUGUUGGAGGUGCAACCACUAAAGCCAAGCUGGAAAUCAAGGAGCCAAUCCAUAAAUUCACUAAAGAGCUGAAGGACAGCCAAGCGGAGGAGAAGAGCAGCGUGACCUUGCAAUGUGAGACUGCACAAACCCCGUCCACCGUGGUAUGGCUUAAAGGUCACACAGAGCUCAAAGCUGGAGGUCGAUAUGAGAUGUCCCAGAGGGAGGGGGUCUUAACUCUCACCAUCAAACAGCUGGAGGAAAAGGACACCGAUAUCUACACGUGUGACGUGGGCACAGCAAAGAUCAUGGCUAAGGUGACAGUCAACGCCCUGCCUGCCACUUUUAAAGAGAAGCUCAAGAACCAGGAGAAGAAGGAAGGGGAGUCGGUGAAGCUCUGCUGCAAACUAUCGAAGAAUGCUAACAGCGUUCAGUGGAAGAAAGGCUCUGAAAUUCUCAAAGCUGGAGCAAAGUAUGAGAUGAAGACGGAGGAGACUUCUUGUGCUCAGAUUAAGAAUUUGGAGGUUGAUGAUAGCGGAGAGUAUUCUUGCUUGUGUGGGGACCAGAAGACAUCUGCAUCUGUGAAAGUCACUGCCCAACCAGUGACCUUCAAACAGAAGCUGGAGAGCCAGGAGGCUGAGGAGGGAGCUAGAGUUACUCUGCGCUGUGAGCUCUCUAAACCUGGAGUCCCUGUUGAGUGGAAGAAGGGAACAAAGGUCCUGAAGUCUGAAGAAAAGUACCAGAUGAAGCAGGAGGCCUCUGUGAAUGAACUCCUCAUUCACAAAGUGUUGCCAGAAGACAGUGGAGACUACAGCUGUGUGUGUGGAGACCAGAAGACAACAGCCAGUAUCAAGAUCAAGGCCCAACCAGUGACCUUCAAACAGAAGCUGGAGAGCCAGGAGGCUGAGGAGGGAGCUAGAGUUACUCUGCGCUGUGAGCUCUCUAAACCUGGAGUCCCUGUUGAGUGGAAAAAGGGGACAAAGGUCCUGAAGUCUGGAGAAAAGUAUCAGAUGAAGCAGGAGGCCUCUGUGAAUGAACUCCUCAUUCACAAAGUGCUGCCAGAAGACAGUGGAGACUACAGCUGUGUGUGUGGAGAACAGAAGACAACAGCCAGCCUCAACAUCAAGGCCCAACCAGUGACCUUCAAACAGAAGCUGGAGAGCCAGGAGGCUGAGGAGGGAGCUAGAGUUACUCUGCGCUGUGAGCUCUCUAAACCUGGAGUCCCUGUUGAGUGGAAGAAGGGAACAAAGGUCCUGAAGUCUGGAGAAAAGUACCAGAUGAAGCAGGAGGCCUCUGUGAAUGAACUCCUCAUUCACAAAGUGCUGCCAGAAGACAGUGGAGACUACAGCUGUGUGUGUGGAGACCAGAAGACAACAGCCAGUAUCAACAUCAAGGCCCAACCAGUGACCUUCAAACAGAAGCUGGAGAGCCAGGAGGCUGAGGAGGGAGCUAGAGUUACUCUGCACUGUGAGCUCUCUAAACCUGGAGUCCCUGUUGAGUGGAAGAAGGGAACAAAGGUCCUGAAGUCUGGAGAAAAGUACCAGGUGAAGCAGGAGGCCUCUGUGAAUGAACUCCUCAUUCACAAAGUGCUGCCAGAAGACAGUGGAGACUACAGCUGUGUGUGUGGAGACCAGAAGACAACAGCCAGUCUCAAGAUCAAUGCCGCACCUGCAACAUUCAAGAAGGAGCUGGAGAGUCAAGAGGCCAUUGAAGGAGACAAGGCCAGCCUGUCCUGCGAGACAUCAAGCCCUGACUGCAAGGUGACCUGGCUGAAAGACUCCACUGUGCUCAUCCGUGGGGAGAAGUACAGUUUGGAGCAAAACGCUACAACGCACAUCCUGGUCGUACACAAGCUGGAUGUGAAGGAUAGUGGAGAAUAUACGUGUGAAACAGGGGACAAGAAAAGUACAGCUACCCUGACUGUGAAAGAGCGUGUUCGCAUCACUCGAGAGCUCUGCGAUGUUACGGUGACCACGGGGCAGGACGCUGUCUUUGAGGUGGAGUUGUCUCACUCGGGCGUGACAAACGGCCAAUGGUGGCUGUCAGAUAACCUCCUCCAAAAUAACGAUCUGAAUCAAAUGAGCAGCCAGGGCAGGGCGCACCGACUGACCCUGAAGAUGGUGACCACAGAUGAAUCUGGAGAUGUUGCCUUCGUGUUGGGAGAAGAGAAGACUGUGGCCUGCCUGCUGGUGGAGGAGAAGCCCAAAGUGCUAAUACUAGAGAAACCACACAACACUUCGGCAGUAGAGGGUGAAACCGUCACUCUGGCCUGCACCAUCUCUGACGCCAAGGCUUCUGUCACCUGGAAGAGAAACAACAUGGCCAUCCAAGCAGGUCUGAAGUACAACCUGAGCAGUAACAGAGCGCUCCACCAGCUUAGUAUCAACAACCUGGUGCCUGAGGACUCAGGAACGUACUCAUGUGACACUGGAGAUGCCCAGUGUGACACCACCUUGACUGUGCAAGGUGCCCCCGUGUCCUUCCGCAAGGAACUCACGAACCACGAUGCCAUAGAGGGUGAUGAUGUUACCCUGCGCUGUGAGCUGUCUAAGCCAGGAGUUUCUGUUGAGUGGAGGAAAGGAGGCAUGGUCCUCCAGCCCGGUAAGCAGUUUGAGAUGAAGCAUGAAGGAUGCAUUCAAGAGCUGUGUAUACGGAACGUGGAGCCGGAGGACAGUGGCUACUACACCUGUGAUGUGGGAGACCAGCUCACCACGGCUUCUUUGGCAGUGCAAGCGAAAGAAGUCUUCAUUGUGUGUGGUCUUAAGACCACUGACGUCUUUGUUGGGGAAUGGGCCACCUUCUCCUGCCAGCUGUCUGGUAGGGCCCCUGACAAGGUGCAGUGGUGGCUGGAUGGCACCUUGCUGGAGAACAGCGCCUUUAGUGAGAUAGGGCUGAGCCAGGGCAACAUCCAUACACUCACCUUAAAGAACCUGGCCACCGAUGACUCUGGCACUGUCGCGUUCGAAACUGGCAGUUUAACUUCAACAGCCAAGCUCUUAGUCAAAGAUCCCACAGUUGAAGUGGUGAGCGAGCUGGAGGACAUUCGGGUGCUCGAAAACCAACCGGCUGAGUUCAUCUGCCAGUUCUCCCGGCCGGUCAAGGCUCAGUGGAAGAAAGACGGGCAGCCACUGCAGCCUGAUGGCCGAAGGGUGGUAGUGGAGCAGGACUGGAAUGUGGCUCGCUUGUACAUUAGCCAUGUGUCUGCUGAGGACAGGGGCACAUACUCCUGUGAGGCAAAGGGGACCUGCGCGGUCGCUUCACUUUUUGUGGAAGGGAAACCAAUUGACAUUGUCCAGGGCCUGGAGAAUGUAGAAACCUUUGAUGGAGGCGAAGUGCUGCUUGAGUGUGCCCUGUCUCGUCCUGAGAGCAAAGAUUUCCACUGGUUCCUCGAUGGGAAACCAGUAAAGGAAUCCCGUAAUGCUGAGAUUGUAACAUUUGAGAGUGGUCGUCGUCAUCUGCUCCUUCUGAAAGAGUUACGAGUGACAGACAGCUGCACAGUGACUUUCAAAGCUGGCACAGCCUCUACAUCUGCACAACUCUCUGUCAAACGCUGGCAGCUGGAUGUUGUAAAGAGUCUGGAGGACAAGGUGGCUGCAGUGGGAGAGAAGGUUGAGUUCAGUGUCGAGCUCACAGAGCCUGUCCCUUCAGCAGAAGUAGCCUGGUAUGCUAAUGGAGUCGAGAUCAAACCCAGCGACCUCUGGGCCUUAAGAGCGGACGGCUGUUCUUAUCGCCUCGUCCUGAGGAAGGCCCCUAUGAUGCCACAGCAAGAAAUUACAUUUGCUGCUAGAGAUGCUCUCUCUCUGGCCAAGCUCACCAUCAUCACUGUACCUGAUCCUCCAGAGGACCCAGAGGUCCUCAGUAAGACUGAAAACUCUGUCAACCUGUCUUGGUUCACUCCUCUACAUGAUGGAGGGAGUCCCAUUCUGGGAUACAGGGUGGAGAUGCGUCUGGUAGACAGUGCCCUCUGGCUUCCAUGUAACUCUGACCCCGUGUGUAACACAGAGUUUGUGGUUGAAAAUCUUACUCCAGGGAGUGGCUACAGGUUCAGAGUGGCAGCCACUAACAUAUCUGGGAUUGGAGAGCCUGUUGAGUUGCCCCACACUGUGCAGCUUGAAGCACCAAUUCAGCUACCAGUUUGCCAAGAUGUAGAGGCAAAACUAACAGAGGCUGAGACGAUGGGACAACCCAGUCUGCCUCCAGAAGCUGCUGAAGAAGGUGAUGUUCAUGAGCUGUGGGAGGAAUCUGCAAAGAAACGGCGCAUGAGUCGUGAACCCACUCUGGACUCCAUCACUGAACAACCUGAGGAAGACGGCAAAGGUGGUAAAAAAAAAUCAGAGGAAGUGGUAAUUAAAUCGGAAGAGAAGGAGCAGGCCAUUAUGUCUAAGACGCAGACAGAGUCCAAAGUUUGCACAACCUCAGAGGAUGAGUCUAUUUCUGGGGGCUCAACACUUGUCUCCUACCUCAAGAAAAGCAGCUCUUCCUCUGUCACAGCGACCAAUGAGAGUGAGACUUUGACUACUGAGAAGUUCUUUGCACAUUUCCAGAUGGAAAAGCAGACAGUGCAGGAGUCUAGGGUGGAGACAACCACAAUACAGCAGACAGAAGCACAUCAGACGUCAACAGAGGCGGCUGAGAUCAUGGAGAUCAGUACAGAGGAUGAGCCUGAUCUCAGAGAUGCUGCCAUUAAGAUUCAAGCUGCCUUUAAGGGCUACAAAGCCCGAAAGGACAUGCGCCCUGUCUUUAAAGAUGCCUUCAAAGACCAGACCAAAGAACCUAACGGCACUAUACAUCUAGAAUGCAUUGCAGAGGGUAAACCUGAUAAGGUGCGGUGGCUGAAGGAUGGAGAACCACUGACUGAUGGCAAGCACCACCAUAUUGAUAUCUACAAUGAUGGUACUUGCUCACUGGUUAUCACUGCCAUCACCACAAAGGAUACUGGGGUCUACACGUGUGAGGUCACCAACAAAUAUGGAGUCACGUCUCACAGUGGUAAGGUCACAGUAGGAACAGAGAGAGAAUCAUCUGGGCGGCGGCCGCUGACCGUGGGCUACAGCGCCGACAGCGAGCCGGACAGCUCCUCAGGGAGUGAGAUGGAUGAGUCUCUCAGGCAGGCAAGCAAACGUCUGCACCGCCUGCUGCGCUCAAGUCUCCCUCCAAAUGUUGAGGAAGAAUCAUUUGUCAGCGCAGAUGAAGGAGACCUGGGUCCUCCAGAUCCCCACUCUUACAGGGAGGAUGACUGUUACAUCUAUAUUCGCUUUGACUCCCGGACAGAGGCUGAGGUUGCCUCAAAGAGGUUUCAGGAGAUGUUUACAAUCCAUGGGGUUCCUAUGGAGACCACCAUCCUGGAGGCAGGGUCUCUCAAAGUGGAGCUGCGGAUUAGAAAGAUGGGCUACAUGCAAGAUGGUACACAGACCCCGACACCAGAAAGACAGCCUCCUGCAUUCAUGGCUGGAGCACAGGCUGCCCCAGUCUUCUUGACUGAGCUACAAAGUCAGGAUGUUCCUGACGGUUAUCCAGUCAGCUUUGACUGUGUGGUGAUUGGCAAGCCCCCUCCCACUGUUCGCUGGUACAAGGAUGGUAAAUUGCUGGAGGAAAAUGACCAUUAUAUGAUUAAUGAAGACCAGGAGGGCUGCCACCAACUCAUCAUUACCACUGUGCUGCCCACUGACAUGGGCGUCUACCGUUGCACAGCUGAAAACAGCAGCGGCAUCACUGCCACUAAGGCUGAGCUCAGGGUUGACAUGUCUUGCAGCUCAGAUUAUGACACUGCUGCUGAUGCCACUGAGACAUCUUCCUAUGUCAGUGCCAAGGGCUACAUGUCCAGGGAAACGGAGACAUUUGAGUCUGUAGCUGAAGAUGAUCAGCUACCACAGGUUGUGGACGAGCUGCAUGAUGUUCAUGUCAGUCCAGGUGCCCCUAUUGCUAAGAUGCAGCUCAAAGUAAAGGGCUUCCCCAAACCCAGAAUAUACUGGUUCAAAGACGGCCACCCUCUCCGACCUUCAGACAGGAUUCUGUUGCUGGCAGAGAGAGAUAUUCAUGGUGUUGAGAUCCUGGAGGUGAAGAAAGAUGACAUGGGGGAGUACUCUGCUUACAUCAGCAACACAGCUGGUUCUGCAUACUCCUCUGCCCGCCUGAUAGUGCUGCGUCCAGGGGAAAUGAUGCCUCAAGAUAAAAGAGACCCCAAGGAGCACCUGGUGCCACCCCGUUUCAUUGAAAGGUUCAGCAACAGGAAGGUGAAACAUGGAGCCAGCAUCACUCUGUCUGUCAAAGUAGAAGGCUCUCCCACUCCAAUGGUCUCCUGGCUUAAGGAGGAAUCAGUGGAAGACGUCCUGUGGAUAAAGCCUGACACCAAGGGAUACAAAAUAGCAAGCUCGGGGCGUCAGCACAGCCUCAUCUUGAUGGACGUGGGCGUAGAAUACACCGGCGCCUACACCUGCAUUGCCACAAAUAGAGCGGGACAGUCCAUCUGCACCGCCCACCUCGAGGUCGAUGACUUACCACAACCAAAGAAAGAGGUCAAACUGUCAGAGGUGUUUGGAUUCACAGUUAGUCCUCCAGAAGAAGAGGCUGUCAAAACAAAAGAGAGUAAAAUGUCCUACCUAGGUGAAGUAGGUACAGAGGAAUUCCUCAUGAAACUGACAACCCAGAUCACUGAAAUGGUAUCAGCAAAGAUUAACCAAGACAGUUCACAGAAUCAUGAAGUGCUCCAGUGGAUGAAAUCUUGGCCCAAAACUACCACUUCAUUGCGUGUACCAGGUGUUGACAGUGAUGAUGAGACCAAGACUCCUUCUCCUUCACCUCAUCACGGUCGCUCUCGUCCUCCCUCCCUCAUCGCUGACUCCUCCUCUGAGUCUGAUGAGGGCGAUGCCAGGGGAGAGAUGUUUGACAUCUAUGUGGCAACGGCUGACUACAACCCCACCUUAUCAAACAAAGAAGCCAUCUCUCUGAAGGAGGGACAGUAUGUUGAGGUGUUGGACUCAGCUCAUCCUCUCAAGUGGUUAGUCCGGACCAAACCCACCAAAACUACCCCAUCUCGCCAAGGCUGGGUGUCACCCGCCUACCUGGACAAGAAACUCAAACUAUCUGCUGAUCCAAGUGACCUUCCAGAGACUAAUGAUGAGGAGGUGACUGAGGGUGAAUACAAGAGGAAGCUGUUCCAAAUGAUCCAAGACCUGAUAAACAGUGAAUCAGAGUUUGUGAAAGAGGUCGACUUCUUCACCUCCCAUCAUGUGAAGCAUGCAGACAGCCCUGAUGCACCGCCGGAUGUCAGCAGCCAGAAGGAAACCAUAUUCAGGAACAUUGAUGAUAUCAAGUCUUUCCACAGCAGGGCCUUCCUCCCAAAGUUGAAUGACUGUGAAACAGAUGAUGACGUAGCCAUGUGCUUCCUGAAGAACAAGGAGGGCUUUGAGAAGUAUCUUCAGUAUCUUGUCGGUCAGGGUAAAGCUGAGUCUGCUGUCAGUGACAAGGCCGUUCACUGCUUCUUCAAGGAGUACACAGACAAAGUGCAAGCCAGUGCAAACCCUGCAGAUCCCCCCGUACGCAGCAUCAACGCCAGCCUCCAGCACCCACUGGACAGGAUUCAGAAGUACAAGGCCGUCCUCAAGGAGCUCAUCAGAAAUAAGGCAAAGAAUGGCCAGAACUGCUGCCUCCUGGAAGAAGCGUAUGCCAUGGUGUCUGCUCUCCCUCAGCGUUCUGAGAAUACCCAUCAUGUCGGCAUGAUCGAGAACUAUCCCGCCACACUGGACGUAUUAGGAGAGCCGAUGAGACAGGGACCCUUCCAAGUGUGGGAAGGGGCUCCAGGAAUAAGGACGUCCUCUAGAGGUCACCACCGCCACGCCUUCCUGUUUAAGAACUACUGUAUAAUCUGCAAACCCAAAAGAGACAGCAACACUAAUACACAAGCAUAUGUCUUUAAGAACAUGAUGAAGUUGAAUAACAUUGACGUGAAUGAGACAGUGGAGGGGGAUGACCGUGCAUUUGAGAUCUGGCACGAGCGCGAGGACUCUGUGAGGAAAUACACCCUGCAGGCCCGAACUGUCAACAUCAAGAACUCAUGGCUGAGAGACUUCAGAGAGCUGCAGCAGCGAUACAGCACGCCUGCAUGGAGUCGUCCUGACUUUGAUGAAAUUUUGGCCAACUGCACAGCAGAGCUCGGUCAGACUGUAAAGCUGGCCUGCAAAGUCACUGGAGUACCCAAACCUACGGUCACGUGGUACAAGGAUGGGCGUGCUGUGGAGGCAGACCCUCAUCACAUCAUCAUCGAGGACCCUGACGGUUCCUGCACGCUGAUCUUGGAUAACAUGACCGCAGAUGAUUCUGGCCAGUACAUGUGCUUUGCCACAAGCUCAGCCGGCAAUGCCAGCACUCUCGGCAAGAUCACCGUUCAAGUGCCUCCGCGCUUCGUGAAUAAAUUGAGGAAUGCCACAUUUGUUGCUGGUGAGGACACUCAGUUCACCUGCGUCAUACAGAGUGCCCCCAACCCCAAGAUCAGGUGGUUUAAGGACGGCAGGCUACUGACCGACCAGGAGAAGUAUCAGACCUACAGCGAGCUCCGCAGCGGGGUUUUGGUUUUGGUCAUCAAAAACCUGACAGAGAGAGACCUGGGACAUUACGAGUGCGAGUUGUCCAACCGGCUGGGCAGUGCCAAGUGUGCUGCUGAUUUAGUUCCUCCCUCCGCUGUGGCCCGCUCUGCUGAGCAGGCCAUCACUAUUGAAGUCACUGAGCAGGAGACAAGAAUACCAAGGAAAACCAUCAUCAUUGAGGAGACUAUAACCACUGUGGUGAAGAACCCACGUAUGAGGCGACACAAGUCCCCCGGCUUGACUCUUGCUGGAGCCCACCGCUCCGAGACCUCCACCCCAGAGCCCCCCACAGCCAGGCCGAGAAGGAUGUCCACACAGAGAAAGACCACCAUCCCCACCCUCUAUGUCACUCAACCCGAGGGCGCUGAAGCCAGAGUCAUGGAGAGCAGACCCAGGUGGGUGGAGGUCGAGGAGGUCAUCGAGUAUAAGGUCAACAAAUCUCCCAGGCUGUCCAGGAGGAGAGGCAUCUCCCCGGCAACGUCGGAGCGCUCAUCGACUCCUUUAAGAGCCAAAAGGUCUCCGCCCGAGAGAAACCCAAACACCAACAACUCCAACAACAAGCUGGUGGAGCAGGCUCAGCUGCAGGGAGACGUCAGCAGCUCGCCGCUCUCCUGGGAAGGAGAGGAGGGGAACGUUUCCCCGGAUGCUGUCUCUGGAGAGCCACAUGAGCUCUCAUCCGUCCUCACUGCGACUGGAGAGGACAGCGAGGACGUGGAUGAUGAUCAAACUGUCAUCUUUGAACCUGAUGAUGAAGAUGAUAACUCGGUCGGUAAGCAGGAGCCUAAGAUCCUUACACAAGGCGGCCGUGUUCUCACCCUCGAAGACUUGGAGGAUUACGUGCCAGAAGAAGGCGAAAGCUACGGCUCCACCAGCACCCCCGCUGCUGAAAAGCCCUGCGAGAUCUCGGUGCUGCAGAGGGAGAUCGGCGGCUCCACAGUGGGACAGCCAGUGCUCCUCAACGUGGGCCGGCCAGCCGCAGUGCCGAGGCAGAGGAGCGGCUUCUUCGGCCGCUUCAGGGAGCAUCUCUCCAGCAGCCUUUUCACGUCUGCAGCCCCACAAGCCAGCGGGGCCCGGUCCAGGACGGAAAGACACGUCCCCAUCGAAGUGAGCCACGCUAAGCUGGAAGUGAAGCCUUCGUACUGCUCCGAGGUGCAGCGGGUCGAGGGCGGGCAGCAGAGCUUCAAAACCAAAGUGUCGACUCAGACCUACGGCUACACUUCAGUGGGCAACCCUGUCACUCUGCAAAUUAAUGAUAACCUUUAUCAGAACCAGUAGUAGCAAACGAUUUUAAUUUGGUACCACACACCCUCUUAGUCUUAAAUGGGGACAUUUCUACGUGCAUGGUGAAUAAGACAUAUCCUAACCUAAAGAAUAUUUACUGCCUUAACAAACCAUUCCAUUUUGAAGCAGCCCAGAAAGAAAGUAGGCUCAACUUCUUGAGUCUUUUUCUCGACAAAUGGCUAGAGUCAGAUGGUGUCUUUAGGCGAAAAAGAAAAUGUCACUGUAAUGUUUCAGCCCAAACUGCUUUUUUUUGUUAUAACAUAUACAGUAUGUGUUGUAUUAAGAAAAGGAAAUUAAGGUUUGACAUUUUACUGAAGAGAAAUCUAAUCGUCUUUUGCUGAGUUACAUUUCUUUCGAACGCAGAUUCACGGUAUGGGCGGAUUAUGAGGAAAUGGGGAUGACCACCUGUCCUAAAUCGGAGGAAGACAAUUUAUUUAGCCUCUUAUUUAAAGGCUAAAUAAAAAGCCACUAAUUGUAUCUCUUUGUUGUUGUUUCGGGUCUUUACAUGGUCAUUCAGCGUCUCAUUUUUGUUGUCUUUUUGUAGUUUCAAUCUACUUUGAAAUUGUUUUGGUGUUUUUGUUGUUUUGACCCUUGUUGAGGUUGCUUUGUGUCUCUUGGUGGUCAUUUUGUCUCUGUUGUUGUUUGAUCCACCUAUAUGAACUGAUCCAGACAUUAUCCCUUGUGAAGACUCCUGGAAUAUACACAAACAAAUCCAAUGUGUUAAGGUAUAUAGCUUUUAUUAUUAUAAGUUUUGUACCUUUCAAAGGAUGUUGCCUUUUGCUCUCAUGCAGUGCCUUAGAUUCCUGGCGUUAACGUCUACUAGUGAGGGCAGUCUCUAGUUCAGUAUCGCUAUAAGUAUAUUUAAAUGAUGAUCUGCUAUUUACAACAGAGCCGUGUUGACCUUUUUGGUCCAUGGACUGUUUCAGUUUGAUUUAGUGUCAAAUGAGUCAGUGUGGCAAAGUCACACACACGCUCUACUCUGGUUGUUUGUGCCUUAAUUGUUGGUGAGCAGCUUCUACAAAUAUGGCAUUUAUACAUGAAAAUCUAUUUGAUGGUGAACCUGUUUCACAUCAGAUCUCUGUGUUUGACUACACUCAUAUACCUUUGUGAGACAUUUGUUACUAUCAAUAAUUACAUUUUGAUUUGUUGUGCCUGUUAAUGCAGUGCCAUUAACUGUAAUUUUACACAUAUAUUACGGGGAGAUUCAUAUGUGGGUGAGAGAUAUUUAGAUGAGUGACUGCAUGUAUUAGCCUUCCCAAGGCACACGUAUUUAUCUAGAGCAACAGAAGCCGUAACGAUGUAUUCGAUUGAGAGAAAAUGUUUAUGCAAAGUACUUGAGCUCACAUAAUUUACUACCUUGCCAAUUUAAAAAAUGACUAGAAAACAGGAACUUAAAGAUGCGUGGUGUUUGCGUUGUUUCUUAAAGGUAUUUUAGAAAGUAAAAUAUUAUGUAUUAAUAUCGAUGAACUAACAGAUUGUAAUGCUUGUACUGUACAUGUGUAGUUUUUUGAAAAAUGUUUGGAUAUUCAGUGUUAAUAAAUAGAUGUAUUGCAAAUAAUAA